GUGUGAUGUUUCCAUGAAUCUGUCUCAGUGACGACAAACAUGAGUAAAACCAGAAAUUUAAAGCCAAAUCUCACCUGGUGAUUACCUGAACCCUUUGCUGUGAGUGGCUGUAUGGUGACAGACACCACUGACAUAGGAAGAGUGCAUUUGUACAAAUGGAUCAAUGUUCUGUGAUGAGAGGCUGAGUGAUCGAGCAGUGGUGGAGAUUCCACACGAGCACUCUGAACAACUCCAGAGGUUCACGCUGCUGGACAUCAGGCAGCACUUUAGACGGCUCUUUGCACCGUGAUACAUGGAAAUACAACACAGGAGAAGCAUGAGGCAACGCUGUGCUCUCAAACAUGGAAUACUCAAGGAAUUCCUGGCAGAAUUCCUGGGGACGUUUGUCUUGGUUUUGUUUGGCUGUGGCUCAGUCGCUCAAACUGUCCUCAGUCGAAACACCCUGGGUGAACCACUGUCUGUCCACAUCGGCUUCUCUGUGGGACUGAUGAUGGCAGUAUACGUGGCUGGUGGAGUGUCAGGAGGCCACGUCAACCCCGCCGUGUCUUUGGCCAUGGUGAUUCUGGGCAAACUGAAGAUUUGGAAGUUUCCCAUCUAUGUCCUUGCUCAGUUUCUUGGCGCCUUCGCUGGAGCUGCUACAGUCUUUGGAUUAUACUACGAUGCUUUCAUGGACUUCACCAGUGGGAUUUUGUCAGUGACAGGAAUCAAUGCAACAGGUCAUAUUUUUGCUUCAUACCCUGCGAGACACCUGUCAGUCCUGGGCGGCUUCAUCGAUCAGGUGGUGGGGACAGGAAUGCUGGUCUUGUGCAUCCUCGCCAUCAUCGACGGUGGAAACAUUGGCGCACCUAAAGGCAUGGAGCCUCUCGCCAUCGGACUGAUCAUCAUGGCCAUCGGUGUUUCCAUGGGACUGAACUGUGGAUACCCCCUGAACCCGGCGAGAGACCUGGGACCCCGACUAUUCACAGCUGUGGCAGGGUGGGGGAUGGAGGUUUUCAGCACUGGAGACUACUGGUGGUGGAUUCCUGUGGCGGGGCCCAUGGUGGGUGGAGUGGUUGCGGCCGUUGUCUACUACCUGUUUAUUGAGCUGCACCAUUCCCACAACAAGUCCGAGAAGCCCCACGGGGAUGAGGAGGAGGAGGAGGAAGAGGAGGAGGAAGACGACGAUGAGGACAGCAGUCUGAAAGACAAAUAUGAGAUGAUCACCAUGAGCUAAAAAGACACUCAAUUCCAGGACUGACUGUAUCAAAUCAGCUGUUUUUACUGUCAGUCACAUGACAAACACCCAGCACAGCUUCCAUCUGUAGAAGGUCAGGCGUCCCCUGUCAGUGUCUCUCUGUGCUAAACCUGGUAAACCUGACUGAUCUCAGCUCAGUGUGGUGACAACGUUAAAACCUUCAUGCGUCAAAGCGCAAAGAAACAAAGUCAAAUACAUAAGGAAACGUUAUAGAUUGAAAGAAACUGCAGCUAGUUGCACAAAUGAACCAGCACAGUAUCUGUUUUUCAAACCAGUGCUGGACUGUUUCCUCUGCAGUUUUAAGUUUUUGUGUUGAAAAUGUCAGUCCUGCUUUACAUUGCCAUGACUUUUCAUUUAUGCUGUAAAUACUGUAUAAUAAAUAUUAUCCUUAAUUUAAAAAAAAAACUCAUGUGGAAACAAGAGAUUAAUAGUUUAUGCAUGCCACUUUCCUUUCAUCAUUAUUAUUAUUAUUUUUAUGUCACUCUGUUGUUUUGUCUACAUUAAAGUUUUUAAAGAGA